AUGACUUCUCAGGUGCCCUCGCGCCCUUUGAAUUUGGCUGCACUGCUUGAGACUCUGAACUCAUGUCUAUCGAACACACCGACUUCUCUACCCAAGGCACACAAAGAUGCGCCUACCGAUGUCACGAUCGAGCCUCCGCAGGACGGCAUCUCCCUCCUCGACACCAAGAGCGAGAUCCUGCUUUCCUAUCUACACAACCUUGUUUUCCUGAUUAUUUUCCAAUUGCGACAAACCUCGAAGCAAAUCCCAAAAGAGAAGGCCCAAUCCGCGGACAACUCCCUCGAAGAUGAUAUUCGGAAGAAAUUGAUCGAGCUUCGGGUCUUCCUUGAGCGUGGUGUUCGCCCUCUCGAGGGACGCCUGAAGUACCAGGUAGAUAAGGUCAUCAAGGCCGCCGAGGAUGCGGAACGAUCUGAGAAGGCUCAGCCCACGAAGUCAAAGAGCCGCAAGGCCGCAAACUCGGAUAGUGAAGCGUCAGACGAUGAAAGUGGUAGCGAUGAUGAAGAGGAUAUUGAUGAAAUGGCCUAUCGUCCCAAUGUUUCUGCCUUCUCCAAGCAAGUCGCCGAGCAGAAGAAGGCCCAACCCUCCAAGGCAGCCGACGAGGGCCCUGGAGAUGGCAUUUACCGCCCUCCGAGGAUCAUGCCGACUUCUUUGCCUACGACAGAGCGUCGCGAACGCCAGGACCGCAGACCCCUUCGAUCCAAUGUCAUUGACGAAUUCGUCAGCGCUGAGAUGUCCUCUGCGCCUAUGGCUGAGCCCAGUAUUGGUAGCACAAUUAUCGAUGGUGGCCGAACGACAAAGUCGAAGAGAGACCGCGAGCGCGAAGCCGAGCGCACUACCUACGAAGAGACCAACUUUGUCCGUUUGCCGAAGGAGACCAAGAAAGACUUGGCCAAACGCGGUCGUGGAAAGGAUACCACAUUCGGAGGCGAUGAAUGGAAGGGUCUCAAUGAAGGCGCGGAUCAUAUUGAGCGCCUCACUCGGAGAGCCAAAGGCAGCGGUGCCGCGCUGGAGAAGAGCCGGAAACGAAAGGUUAACGAGGAUGGCCAACGUGGUGAUGGCGUGGGCAUGGGCCAAAUCUUCGAUAAGCGACGAAAGAAGGUCGACAGCUGGAAGCGGUAA